GUUUAGACUCUCCAGAUGGCGAACACGGCAGCAGAGCUGGCCCGGAGGAAGGCCCGGGAGGAGGAUGGCGCCGGUUGCCGGGACAACGCCGUCCCCUUCAACCAGCAGAGCUUUGAGCAGCUGAAGAGCGAGUGUCUGCAGACCGGCUCGCUGUUCUGUGACCCGACCUUCCCCGCAGGAUGGGACUCGCUGGGAUACGACGAGCUGGGACGCUACUCCUCCAAAACCAAAGGUGUGGAGUGGAAACGCCCCACGGAGCUGUGUUCUAAUCCUCAGUUUAUUGUCGACGGAGCGAAAAGAACGGACAUCUGUCAGGGAGAACUGGGCGACUGCUGGCUGCUGGCGGCGCUCGCCUCUCUGACUUUGGACACUCAGAUUGUGAAUAGAGUGGUUCCUCUCAAACAGAGCUUCAGCUCGCAGUACGCCGGCAUCUUCCACUUCCAGCUGUGGCAGUACGGGGAGUGGGUGGACGUUGUCGUGGACGACCGGCUGCCAACCAGAGACGGGAAGCUGCUGUUUGUCCACUCGGCGGAGAGGAGGGAGUUCUGGAGCGCUCUGCUGGAGAAAGCCUACGCCAAGGUGAACGGCUCGUACGAGGCUCUGACCGGAGGUUGGAGCAUCGAGGGUUUCGAGGAUUUCACCGGAGGAAUCGCAUUGAGCUAUGACUUGAUGAAAGCUCCGCCCUCCCUGUUCAACAUCAUGAGGAAGGCGUUGAUGCGCGGCUCGCUGCUCGGCUGUGACAUCUCCAGGUCACAUAAGACGGAGGCCAUCACCGGUCUGGUGAAAGGACACGCCUACUCCAUCACUGCAGCAGAGAAGGUUCAUCACUUUGGUUCUGUGGUGCAGCUGCUGAGAAUCAGAAACCCCUGGGGACAUUUGCAUUGGACCGGAGCCUGGAGCAUCAAUUCGAAGGAAUGGGAUGGAGUUAAGCCAAAGGGGAAGAGGAUGCUGGAUCACGUAGCUGACGAUGGAGAGUUCUGGAUGUCCUACUCUGACUUUCUGGACCAGUUUUCCCACCUGGACAUCUGUAACCUGACCCCCGACACGCUGACCAAGAAGACCAUCAAGCGCUGGAGCUACGCCGCGUUUGAGGGCGCGUGGAGGGUCGGCUCCACCGCCGGUGGUUGCAGGAAAUAUCCUGCUACCUUCUGCUCCAACCCGCAGUUCUUCAUCCGUCUGGAGGACAUAGAUGACGAUCCGCACGAUGGCGAGGACGGCUGCACCGUCCUGAUUGGUCUGAUGCAGAAAGACGCUCGCAGGGAGAGACGAGACCUCACCAUCGGGUUCUCCAUCUACCAGGUUCCUGAUGAGUAUAAAGGUGGCAGUGGUGUGCGUCUGGGCCCGGACGUCCUGCUGCAGGCGCAGCCGGUGGCUCUCACUGAGAACACCAACUUGAGGGAAGUGAGCAAGCGCUUCAAGCUGCCGCCCGGAGAGUACGCCAUCAUCCCCUCAACCUUCGAACCGCACCGCGCAGGAAGCUUCAUUCUGCGGGUGUUCACCGAGAAACACGCCCACUCCAGAUACCAGUGA